AUGAAAGAAGCAGAAAUAAGGAGACUCUUUGCUGCCAACCUCCUCUGUUUUUUUUCAGUUAUUCUGACAGCAGUUCUUCCGGGUUUUGUCUGGGACACAUUCACAGUUUUGGGAACACACCUCACAUGGCUGUGUAUUUGUUCUGUUUGUGUUAGUACCCUUAAUAUAAUCUUGCACGUGGUCCUUAAACCAAAUCUGACUCCUAAGAGAAGUUCAUUUGCUCACAAGAUAUCCAGAUUUCUAAAAUGCUGUAUAUACUUUUUCAUGUCUUGCAUACUAUUUCAUGCGAUUAUUGUUCUUUAUGGAGCACCUCUCAUAGAGUCAGUGACUGAGACAUUUCUGUUUGCAGUUCUCUUGUCUACCUUUACUACUUUACAGUGCUUGUGUAUACUGGGACCAAAUGUACAAGCAUGGAUACGGGUAUUUAGUAAAAAUGGAGCUACCUCCAUCUGGGAAAGCAGUCUACGGAUCACUACCAUGUGCAGUAUACUAGGAGCUUGGUUUGGAGCAUUUCCUAUUCCUCUUGAUUGGGAUCGGCCUUGGCAGGUAUGGCCCAUCUCCUGUUCCCUCGGAGCUACCUUUGGCUAUAUGGCUGGUCUGAUUAUUGCACCUCUGUGGAUACACUGGAACCGGAAGCAGCUUACAUACAAAAGCAGAUAACUGGAGCAAAGAGAGACAAGAUACGGGCUUCUCUUUCAUAUCAUUCAGUCUUGCCAGAGUUUUUGGGUCAUCACGAAGAUCAAUCUAGUAAGAGAGAUUGCCAUCAUGUUGGAAUACAUUUUCUAAACAAAAGUCAGCAGGCUAUACGAUACCCUCUUUUUAAAGC